AUGAAGCCGAAUAGUGGAGAGGAGGCCUCUGACUACUUGUCUAGGUACCUAGAGGUGUGUGCGGAGGUGGAAGGAUGUGAUGAGACGACGACUGUCACGUCCUUUAAGAUUGGGCUACCGGACGGAUGUAAGCUCAAGGAGUCACUGGUAUUGUAUGAGCCUAACACCAUAGCUACCUGGCAGGAUAGAGUCUGGAGGUACGCAAAGGUUGAAGUAACCAAAGGUGAGAGAAUGACCUCACUAAGGAAGGAGGAAAGAGAGUCCCAGAAUGAGCGAUCUGGACAAUAUGGCAGAAGGGUCUCAGGACGGGCCAAGCACAACAGGUCAAAAAGAAGUUCGACCAAUUCUGUUGAGUUCAACAUGCCAAUCCACAAGAUCUUCUACGAGGUCAGGGAUCAACGGUUCCUAGUUCGUUCUCCAAAAAUGUUAGGGGAUCCAAACAGAAGAGACAAAAAGAGGUAUUACGCCUUUCAUAGAGAUGUGGGCCACAUGACUGAGGAGUGUAACAAUCUGCGGGAACACCUAGAAGAGCUAUCAAGACAAGGGAUGCUAGCAAAGUAUCUAAAGAAUAAUGGAACUGAGAACAAUAAGACUCGAGAUAAUGACAUGAUAGCUAUUGUAGCAGGGGGCAGGACGAUGAAAAUAACGGUCGAGGGCCAUGAAGCAAAGAAAAUGAGAAGGACUGGAGUAGACAUCACAUUCUUAGACAAGGAUCUGGCUGGAGUGGACCCUGCGCAUAAUUAUGCCCUCAAGACCACCAUGAUAGCUAUUUAUGCAAGGUUGCAAAAAUCGCUAGUCGGCCGCUAG